GGGGUCUGCCGUGGCCUCCCCGCCGGCGGAGGCGGCCGCCGGGCGGCGGGCGGUGAGUGCGGAGGCCUCGUGCGGGGAGUAUCGGUUUCCGCUCCGGCUCUUCGUGGCCAUCGACCUCUGUCCUGCAGUGCGGUCGGGCGCUGGGCGCUUUGCCGCGCGGCUGCGGGAGGAGCACAGGCUGGCCGCGGGAGGCGUCAAAUGGGUGGACCCUUCGCUGAUGCACCUCACGCUGAAGUUCCUUGGCGCCGUGGAUGAGGACGGGCUGGCCGCGCUGCGGGCCUCGCUGCCGCCCGCGGUGCACUCGGUCGAGCCCUUCUCGCUGACGCUGCGGCGCGGGGGCGUCUUCCGCCAGGCCAGGCAGCGGCCGCGCGUGCUGUUCCUCGGCGUAGGCGGGCGGCACCGCGGAGGGGCCCUCCUUUUCGGAGCCGGGUCUGAGCGGGCAGGGUCUGCGUGCCCCGCCCCGACCCCACCGGCUUUCUCUCCCUUUCUCGUUUUUUUGUUUUUGUUUGUUUUCCCCCGUUUUUUUGUGAUUUGUUUUGUGUUUUUUCCUCUCUCUCUCUCUUUCUCUCUUUCUGUCUCCAU